CAACAUCAAGAUGGCUAAGGCUUGGGGAGAUGCACUUACGGAGCCAGAGAGGCCGAGGAAGAGCUGGAGCUGGUCGACUGCCCUUCGAAGCAUUGUUCCUUUGCUAGGUUUUUGGCUACUGCUUCGAAAUUACAUCAUCAGCGCCGACCACACGCCUCAAUGGCAUCGCGGCACAGACGCAGAGUCGAAGGCCAGAUGUCACCAGCUUGAGCCUCUAUUUCCAUCAAAGAGCACAAAAGAACUAAAUGACACCGAGAGCUAUCUGCAGUCCGAAGAUUUCCGCAAGCUCGCAAUCGAACGUCUGUCCGGGGCCGUGCAGAUUCCCACUCAAAGCUACGAUGACAUGGGCGAUAUCGGCGCAGACCCACGAUGGGAUAUCUUCAACUCUUUCGCAGACUACCUGGCCAAGACCUUCCCGCUCACUCAUGCGACCAUUCAGCUUGAGAAGGUCAAUACGCAUGGCUUAUUGUACACAUGGCCCGGCACGGACCCCUCCUUGAAAGCCACGCUGCUUAUGGCGCACCAAGACGUAGUACCAGUCCCAGACAGCACGGUCAAGCAAUGGACGCACCCACCAUUCUCUGGUUACUAUGAUGGAAAGUUUGUUUGGGGUCGUGGUGCGAGCGACUGCAAGAAUCAGCUUCUGGCUAUCCUCAAUGCGGUGGAAGCGCUGCUGGCAGCCGAUUUUACGCCUCGUCGCACACUCAUCCUUUCUUUUGGCUUCGAUGAGGAGAUCUCGGGUCGCGAGGGCGCACAGCAUCUUGCGAAGCAUUUGCUCCAAAAGUACGGUCACAACUCCAUUGCCGCCAUUGUUGAUGAGGGCGCUGCCAACGUCGAGAAUUGGGGGGCCGACUUUGCUAUUCCAGGUGUCGCCGAGAAGGGCUACAUUGACGUUGAUGUUGUCGUUCGAAUGCCAGGCGGCCACUCGUCGGUGCCUCCCGUGCACAACGGAAUUGGUGUAGCUGCUGAGCUUAUCACACUGAUCGAGCACGGUCUCUACGAGCCGCGCCUGGCUGAAGAGAAUCCUUAUCUUGGCCUUUUGACUUGUGGUGCUGAGCAUGCCCCGGAGUUCCCAAAAAAGUUGCACCACCUGCUAGACAAGCGCUCCGCAAGGAGCCAGACUUGCAAAGAGAGACCAGAUAGGCUCGCUGAGGAGGCUGCCAAGGCCGGCCUGAGUGUCAAGUACCUCUUCACUACCUCCGUUGCUGUUGACAUCAUCCACGGAGGUGUCAAGAAUAACGCUCUGCCCGAGCGCACACAGAUCAUCGUCAAUCACCGCAUCAACGUCGGCUCGAGUUCGAACGACAUCAAGACCCACAUCUCCAAGCUCGCUGGCGUCAUUGCGAAGAAAUACAGUCUGAAGCUAAACGCGUUCAACGGCACAGAGGAGCCGUCCAGUAUCACACUCUCCCACCGCACCACCGUCCUUGAGCCUGCGCCCGUAACGCCAACAACUCUGCAUUCAAGCUCGUCAAACAGUACCCAUGUCACCCCCUUCUCUAUCCUCUCAGGCACCACACGUGCACUGUACGGCAAGGAUCUCAUCGUUGCGCCAGGCAUCAUGACAGGCAACACUGACACGCGCUACUACUGGGAUUUGAGUGAGCAUAUCUUCAGGUAUGCACCCGGUUGGGACAAGGAGCAGGCUGGCAUGGGCAACAUCCACACUGUUGACGAAAGGGUUGGCGUGCAGGCGCAUCUUGACACGGUAAAAUGGAUGUGGGGCUGGAUUAGGAACAUGGACGAGGCAGGGUUAUAGUCAGCUACAUUCGAUUGGGCGAUGCGGUAGAAGUACAUUUCGGGAAGAGAACAGAAUGAGAUUGCGAUUCGUGGAUUAAGUACCUAUGAAUAGCUACAUCAAAUCAGUUUGGUGCGCAAUAA